CGGGUCGCAGGCUUGGAGAACUUCCGAGGCGGCGGUGGCGCCGGCGACGACGAGGACAGCAGGAGCGGGCCCUGGGCUUUUCGCUCACCAUGCCGACCGUGGAGGAGCUUUACCGCAACUAUGGCAUCUUAGCCGAUGCCACGGAGCAAGUGGGCCAAAUGAAAGACUUACGGUUUCAUUAUUCACAUAAAGAUGCCUAUCAAGUGAUAUUGGAUGGUGUCAAAGGUGGUACCAAGGAAAAAAGAUUAGCAGCUCAGUUUAUUCCGAAAUUCUUUAAGCAUUUUCCAGAAUUGGCUGAUUCUGCUAUCAAUGCACAGUUAGACCUCUGUGAGGAUGAAGAUGUAUCAAUCCGACGGCAAGCAAUUAAAGAGCUGCCUCAAUUUGCCACUGGAGAAAAUCUUCCCCGAGUGGCAGAUAUACUAACCCAACUCUUGCAGACAGAUGACUCUGCAGAAUUUAAUUUAGUGAACAACGCCCUAUUAAGUAUAUUUAAGAUGGAUGCAAAAGGGACUUUAGGUGGCUUGUUCAGCCAAAUACUUCAAGGAGAGGACAUUGUUAGAGAAAGGGCAAUCAAAUUUCUUUCCACAAAACUUAAGACUUUACCAGAUGAAGUCUUAACAAAGGAAGUAGAGGAACUUAUACUAACUGAAUCCAAAAAGGUUCUAGAAGAUGUGACUGGAGAAGAAUUUGUCCUGUUCAUGAAGAUACUUUCUGGGUUAAAAAGCUUACAGACAGUGAGUGGAAGACAGCAACUUGUAGAGUUGGUGGCUGAGCAGGCUGACCUGGAACAAACCUUCAAUCCCUCGGAUCCUGACUGUGUGGACAGGCUCUUACAGUGCACUCGGCAGGCAUUUCCCCUCUUCUCUAAAAACGUGCAUUCCACAAGGUUUGUGACUUACUUCUGUGAGCAAGUUCUCCCUAACCUUGGUUCCUUGACUACCCCAGUGGAGGGUCUUGAUAUACAGUUGGAGGUAUUGAAACUGUUGGCCGAAAUGAGUUCAUUUUGCGGUGACAUGGAAAAGCUAGAAACAAAUUUAAGGAAACUGUUUGAUAAGUUAUUGGAGUACAUGCCUCUCCCUCCAGAAGAAGCAGAAAAUGGAGAGAAUGCUGGUAAUGAAGAGCCUAAGCUGCAGUAGCUGCAGUACUUUGCACGGGGCCUGCAGGUUUAUAUCAGACAACUUCGCUUGGCUCUCCAGGGUAAAACGGGUGAGGCUUUAAAAACAGACGAGAACAAGAUUAAAGUUGUUGCAUUGAAAAUAACAAAUAAUAUCAAUGUUUUAAUCAAGGAUCUCUUCCACAUUCCUCCUCCUUACAAGAGCACAGUAACAUUAUCCUGGAAACCUGUACAGAAGGUUGAACUUGGGCAAAAGAGAGCCAGUGAAGAUACAACUUCAGGUUCACCACCCAAGAAAUCUUCAGCAGGACCAAAAAGGGAUGCCAGGCAGAUUUAUAAUCCUCCUAGUGAAUAUAGCAGCAAUUUGGGCAACUUUAAUUAUGAGCAGAGAGGAGCCUUCAGGGGAAGUAGAGGUGGCCGAGGUUGGGGAGCACGAGGAAAUCGUAGUCGGGGAAGACUCUACUGAACAAGAUGUCACAUUCUUCAGCAUUGCCAUGAGCUUAAUAUACUAAAAUUGUACUUCUCAUUGGAUUGCCGGGGAUAUCCCUUUAAAAAGACUGCUGCCUUCAGCUAAAAAUUUAAUGUUCUUUAUACCUUUGUAUGUAUGAUCUACUUUUGUAACAGACCAUGGUUGUGUCCAAGGUAAAAACCACAAUGAUAUUUUUGGAUGCUU